UAAUAAGAGAGGAAGAUCUGGAAGAACAGAAAGACUGGAGGACUUUUACUACAAUGACAAGAAUAUUGACAUUGAUGUUUCUCGCACUCGGAUUGUCCUGCGUGCUCGCACAAAGAGUGAAUAAGCACAAGCCAUGGAUCGAGACUUCAUAUCGUGGUGUCAUCACAGAAAACACGGAUGUGGUUCUGUUGGAUCCUCCUUUAGUCGCUCUGGACAAAGAUGCCCCAGUACCGUAUGCAGGUGAGAUUUGUGGGUUUCACGUGCAGGGUCUCGGCGCUCCUUUCGAGGCUGUGGUUCUGAACAGCACGUCGGGAGCAGGGCAGCUGAGGGCACGUGGACCAAUCGAUUGUGAGCGUCAGAGAGAGUACACCUUCAUCAUACAAGCACAUGACUGUGGCACAGGACUGCCAGGCAAUGGAGAGAAGAGAUCAGACAAGGCUUUGGUGCACGUCCAGGUGGGAGAUGAGAACGAGUUCUCCCCUGUAUUUGGUCAGUCGGAGUAUCAUGGCUCUGUGAUGGAGGGUGAAGUGUCUGACAGUAUUCUGCAGGUGCAGGCAUCAGACCGUGACUGUUCUCCUCAGUACAGCCAGAUUUGCAACUACCAGAUCAUCACUGAGGACACGCCCUUCGCAGUAGGCCGCAACGGUAACAUCAGGAACACAGAGAGUCUGAGCUUUGAUAAGAAGCCACAUUAUGAAAUCCGAGUUAUUGCGUAUGACUGCGGACAGAAGAGAGCGGCGAAGGAGGCUGUGGUGCACAUCCAUGUAAAACCCAUUUGCAAGCCUGGAUGGCGAGGCUGGAACAAGCGUGUUGACUAUGAACCAGGUACGGGCAGUAAAUUGUUAUUUUCCAAGAUGCACCUGGAGACCUGUGAUGGAUCUGUGUCCUGGAUUAGGAUCACAGUGGAACUGGAUACCAGUCAUGUUGGAAAGGGUUGCAACAGAGAGAUGCACUCUGAGAAGUCAUUACAGAAUCUCUGCGGAGCUUCAUCAGACACCACAGACCUUCUCCCCGCCCCAAGCUCAGUUUUUAAUUGGACGGCAACUCUUGUAAUGGAUGGCGGUCAGGACAGUGACCUCAUAUACCAGUUUUAUGGUCGUCAAGCUGCCAAGAUUCCAGACUGGGUCGUCCCGCAAAAUCUAAUGGAUCAGUUCACCAUAGCAACGUGGAUGAAGCACGGACCAAGUCCUGGACAGAGAGCGGAGAAAGAAACGCUUCUCUGCAACUCUGACAAAACCGAGAUGAACAGACACCAUUACUCUUUGUAUGUGCAUAACUGCAGACUGGUGUUCCUGUUGAGAACAGAUUACACGCAGACCGACACCUUCAGACCGGCAGAAUUCCACUGGAAAUUAGAGCAGAUCUGUGAUAAGGAGUGGCAUUAUUAUGUCAUAAGCGUUGAGUUUCCAGAAGUGACUCUUUAUGUUGAUGGCUUGACCUAUGACCCUUACCUGGUGACAGAUGAUUGGCCCAUCCACUCCCCACAGAUUGACUUGCAACUCACCAUAGGAGCCUGCUGGCAAGGUGGCGAGGUCUCUAAAGCAAAGUUCACGCAGUAUUUUCGAGGCAGUUUGUCUGGACUGACAGUUCGACCAGGAAAGAUAGAAAGCCAGAAGAUUAAUACCUGCCUGCAGGCCUGUAAAGAGGGGCUGGACAUCACCUCACUGGAGAGUCUUGGACCGAGUAUAAAGUUUCACUUCAAUCCCACUCAAUCUCUUGUGGUGAUGGAGGGGGAGGAUUUGGAGCAGAUGAACGCAGCAUUGAGGAAAGUUUCUUACAUCAACUUUCGACAGUUUCCCACUGCGGGAGCGCGUCACCUAAGGAUCUCAACAGCAGUGCAGUGUUUCGGAGAGGAUGUGUGUAUUUCUGUUCCUGAUAGUGAGGCAGUUGUCAUGGUAAUGCAGCCCAGAGAACCAUGCAUCACAAUCAAUGGGGCGGAGCACCUGACUGUCCCUGCCUCUGACCUUGCCCAAGGCCUAUCACUGUUCAGGGAUUUGCAUAUUACCAGCACAGUUAUAAAGCAUAAAGAACCUACGUAUAACACAGAUCACAGGUCAGGUGUAUUGAAGGAAAUCGAUCAUAACCUGGACUAUUGUGACAUCAUUGUGUUGGGGGAGGAGUUACGGGCGGGGCUAGAGAAUCUUGUACUGCACCACAGUGCCUUAACGGGCAAACAACUGAAAUACACCAACUCUACCACCAACAUGUCCAUAUAUGGUGUGGACUCCAUUUCUCACUACAUAGAUGUGAUCAGACAGGUGCGAUAUCAGAACCAUCAAGCUGUCGACUCUGUUCGAUCAUUUAGACUGACCUGUUCAGAACUCAAUGGACGCUACACCAGCAAUCAGUACACACUACAGGUCAACAUUCUUCACAGUGAGGAGCCCGUUGAACAUGUCAAUCAUGUGAUGGCCCCGCCUAAAUACAUGCAAAUGAUUCAUCCUAUGGUCGUGGUAUCUAACACCCACAGCAUAGCUGUACCCAGUGCUGCCACUGUUGUGAUUGUGGUGUGUGUCACCGCCCUAGUUGUUGUGUUGGGUGUUUACCACCUCUUCCAAACACACAACAAAGAGGACAAGCACACACACACACUGCCAGAAAAACAACCUGAUUGGGACGGCUCCUGUCUAUCCAUCACCGUCAACCCACUGGAGAGUUUUGAAGAACUGCAGCCUGCAGAUGAAUUAACAGAGGAAGAGGAGGAUGAAGAUGAAGACGUCUCUAGUACUGAAUCAGACAGUGAUGAAGAAACUACAACAUCUGUCAUGCAUCAUCAAACCACAAUGCAAUGGAGAAAAGCAACAAUGCAUUGUUGA